GGCUCGGCGGGCAAUUUAUACUGACUUUACCUGCUUCCGGUUCCGGUUGCGGCUGAUUGUCUUCUGUCCGGUGCGGGGCCAUGGCUGGGAGCCGGCUGGAAACCGUGGGGAGCGUCUUCUCGCGGACUCGGGACCUGCUUCGGGUUGAGGUGUUGAAGAAGAAGCCCCUCUGGUUUGACAUAUAUAAGGCCUUCCCGCCUCUGAGGGAGCCGGUCUUCCGAAGGCCCCGCUUGCGAUAUGGCAAAGCCAAAGCGCACAUCCAGGAUAUCUUGUACCCCGAGGAUCAGAUUAGAGCGAAAUUUUAUUCUGCUUAUGGAUCUGGUCAAAAAGCUUUUGAUCUAUUCAAUCCAAACUUCAAAUCUACCUGUCAAAGGUUUGUGGAAAAGUACGUUGAGCUGCAGAAUCUUGGAGAAACAGAUGAAGAGAAAUUAUUUGUGGAAACAGGAAAGGCUUUGUUGGCAGAAGGGGUCAUUUUAAGACGAGUAGAAGUGAGGACUCAGGAAGGUAGUCACGUGAAUGCCAGACCCCAAGCUUCGUUGGACGGAAGCCAGCCCAAGGAAGAAAGCAGCCGGGACCAGCAUGCGGAGGCACCCGGGGAGCAGUGGAAAGGUCUCCCCGCUCCCUGAAGGACUUGUGUGCUAUGUAGCGGGCAGCCGCGCUGGAGGGAGGGAGCUGUUUGUAACAGUGGAGCUGUGUAAAUGUCCUCCGACCUCCAAGGCCCGUGUUUGCCUCCUCUUAGCUCCCACUUCUGUGUUGUCAAACAGCUCAGUAUCAUGGUUCGCAAAAAGCGGUUCUGUGAACUUCUAUUCUAGGAUGUUACUAAAUAAAGAAUCUGUACUGCUAGUAAAGUAAAUUUACUCUGAAAUUGUAAAUAACAUGAAGAAAACCUUUAGCGAGACUGUUUGAAUGGGACAUUGAGCAGGCUGCUGGGCUGUGCGUGCUGGCUUGUGACGCGCUGCUUUUGUCCCAUGCUUUGAUCUUCUCUGGGGCCAUCAGAAUCUCCCUCGCACACAUGGCCCGGGGCCGGCUGUGUCCGUCUGCGGGUGAUCUUUACGCCUCUGCUCUGCAGUUACCAACGUCGCCCGAGAGGCCAAGCUGACCUGCGCUUUGCAGUGAGGACCCACUGCCGGUGAUGGCUGGAGGCUCACGCUGGAGCUUAGUGUCAUGGAGUGAGCGCAUCAGACACAGCUAUGCGCCCGGUGGGCUGCCCGGUAGAAACUGUUGAGAGAAUGAAUAUACGGUUACAGGUCCAGACGGCAUCCCUGGAGGUGACUGGGUCAGUGGGGCAGCCGGGGCGGCCGUUGCAGAUGACUCCACGAACAUCCUGUCUCUGCAGCUGUGCUCAUCCUCCUCGCCAAGUGUCCGGUGCUCCUCACUUCCCGGUGUUGUAGUUAAUAAAUGACAUCCUCCUCAGAUUGUAGCUGAGAUCGUAUGUGUAGCCAUGCUAAACUUCUCAGCUAACAGCAAUAAGCUGCUGCUUCAGAAAUUCCUUGUUUUCAAACUCACGAGAUUCUUCUGUCCAAAGGUUCUUUCUGCUGGGCUGAAAGGUAGGGUCCACCUCUCACAGCCUGUCCCCCUCCCGAAGGUCUGUGAGUCCCCAAGGCGGAAGUAGCUCUCAGCCGUGCCACCUUCUGCUUCCUCUUCCGCCCGGCUUGUCACUUUAUAUCCCUUGUGUUUGGGGAACGCUUUGCUUUAGACGAGAUUUCAAAGACAUUAGUAGGAAGCCAGAUGGCUGUAGUGACCCAAGCCUAUAUCCCCAGUGCUCAGGAAGCCGAGGCAGGAGGAUCACUGAAUUGGAGGCCAGCCUGAACUACAGACCAAGACCCUGUCUCAAACAACAAAACUAAAGACAUCGGAUACAAGCAUCUGGCCAGACCUUGGGAAGAGGACCUAUAAGCAGUCGUGAUGAUAAGCUCAGUUCUCCUCACCAGCAGUGUAUGAGAAUGGGCCUCAGGAGGAGGGGCAGGAAGAGCCUGUCUCAGCAUGGGGAGGCAACUGCUGUCACACAGUGCUUCUCCAGGGUAAGCCUCAGUGAUCAGAACACAGGGCAAGGUGUGAUGUUUAUGUGGGGAAUUCAGAACCUUUCCCCUAGUUUGGGGAAAAGCCUUUAGCAGGCCCCUCUGGUGUUCUUGGGGAGAAUGGACGUCUGAC